CCCCGCCCCUUCUCCAAACUUCAAAUGUGAACCCCCCCUACUCCCUCACUCCCAAAACCAUCUUCCCUCCACCUCCUCUUCCCAAAAUGCCCUCGUCUCUUCCCAUUCUACUCCUCCUCUCCCUCCUCUCCCUCUGCCACCCGACAAAACCCUCAGAAUCCGAGCUCAACAUUCUCCUCGACCUCAAAUCCUCCCUCGGGAUCUCUGGCUCGUGGGACCCAUCAAAGCCCCCCUGCGAAUUCUCCGGAAUCUCCUGCACCCCAGAUGGCUCCGUCUCCAAAAUCGACCUCGCCCACAGGGGCAUUUCGGGGACUCUCAACUUCUCCUCCCUCUGCUCCCUCCCCUCUCUCAGUAACCUCUCCCUUAGCCACAACACCUCGCUCGGCGGUAUUCUCACCGCCGACAUCCGAAACUGUAAACAGCUACAAUCCCUUGAUCUUUCUUUCAAUGAGUUCACCGGUCAAAUUCCCGAUUUGUCCCCGCUCGGAAAAUUACAGGCGCUGGUUCUCAAUCAGAAUCAUUUCACCGGGGUUUUCCCCUGGAGCUCGCUCGCUAAUCUCACCGGCUUAAUCUACUUAAGCGUCGGCGAUAAUCUUCAGUUCGAGGAGAGCCCGUUUCCUGAGAUAGUAACGGAGCUGUCGAGUCUAAGCUUGUUGUACCUCUCUGACUGUAACUUGAAAGGAGAAAUCCCUGCUUCGAUUGGGAAUUUGACGAAACUCGUCGAUCUCGAGCUUGCCGAUAAUAUUCUCACGGGAGAGAUUCCGAAGGAGAUAACGAAGCUUACCAAUCUUUUGCAGCUAGAGCUCUAUAACAACUCUUUCAGAGGAAAGAUCCCCGAUGGAUUCGGGAAUUUAACACGGCUUGCUUAUUUCGAUGCCUCGAGGAAUUAUUUGGAGGGUGAUCUCUCUGAGCUCCGGUUUCUCAAAAAUUUGGUUUCUCUGCAGCUGUUUUUCAAUGAGUUUUCCGGCGAAAUUCCUCAGGAAUUCGGAGAUUUCAAAUUUCUGGUAAAUUUAUCACUUUACAGCAAUAGACUGACUGGGAAUUUGCCGGCGAAGCUCGGAAGCUGGGCUGAAUUCAUCUUCAUCGACGUCUCGACGAAUUACUUGACGGGUUCCAUCCCGCCCGAUAUGUGCAAGAUGGGAACUAUGCAGAAGUUGCUGCUGCUCGAAAACCAAUUUUCCGGCCAAAUCCCAGCCACUUACGCGAGUUGUUCGAGUCUGAUUCGAUUCAGGGUCAGUAAUAAUUCCCUCUCCGGCGUGGUUCCUGCUGGGCUCUGGGGACUGCCCAACCUCGAUAUCAUCGAUCUCGCCAUCAAUCAGCUUGAAGGAGCCAUUGACGCGAGCAUCGGCAGAGCGAAAUCUCUGAGCCAGCUGUUGAUUGCAGACAAUAAAUUUUCCGGGGAUAUACCUUCUGAGAUUUCUGGAGCUCCUUCCCUUGGCACGAUCAAUUUAUCAAAUAAUCAGUUCUCUGGUCAAAUUCCAGAGAGUAUCGGCGAAUUGAAGAAGCUCGCAAGUUUUUAUGCCGAGAAGAAUUCGCUCACAGGCGAGAUUCCAGAUUCUCUGGGUUCUUGUGUUUCGCUGAGCGCUGUCAAUUUGGCUGGUAACACUCUCUCCGGCGAAAUCCCUGCAAGUAUCGGGAGCUUACCCAGUCUAAACUCGUUGAUCCUCGCUAAUAACAAACUCUCCGGUCAGAUUCCAGUGAGUUUAUCUUCAUUGAAAUUGAGCUCUCUUGAUCUCUCAAACAAUCAACUCACUGGCGAUAUCCCAGCUGCACUCUCGAUCUCCGCCUACAACGACAGCUUCAUCGGAAACCCUCGCCUCUGCUCAGACUCAUUUAUCUAUCUCCACCAAUGCUCUCCAAAUUCCAAACACUCCUCAAACAAACUCACAACAAUCCUAACGUGUUUCCUCGCGGCAUUCGCACUAGCCCUCUGCUCUCUUGCACUCAUCUGCUUCAAAAAGCGCAAAUCCGGAAGGGACUCCCCCAUGAUCUCCAAAGAUUCAUGGGACAUCAAAUCCUUCAGAAUCCUAACAUUCGACGAGCAAGAAAUCAUAAACUCGGUCGUAAAGGACAAUCUGAUAGGCAAAGGCGGCUCCGGUGAAGUCUACAGAGUCAACUUAACCGGCGGCAUAAUGGUCGCAGUCAAGCACAUCUAUCACAAUUCAUUCAAUCCCGAAAACCCCUACGACCAGAAAAGCACCUCAGCAAUGCUAGCAAAGCGCUCUGGUUCACUGCGCUCGCGCGAAUUCGAAGCGGAAGUCGACACGCUGAGCUCAAUUCGCCACGUUAAUGUGGUGAAAUUGUACUGCAGUAUAACGAGCGAGGAGUCGAGCCUGUUGGUGUACGAGUAUUUGCCUAAUGGGAGUUUGUGGGACCGGCUGCACACGGCGGCGGGUGAGAAGCUGGGGUUGGAUUGGGAGACGAGGUACGAGAUCGCGGUAGGGGCGGCGAGGGGGUUGGAGUAUUUGCAUCACGGGUGUGAUCGGCCCAUACUGCAUCGGGAUGUGAAGUCGAGUAACAUUCUGUUGGAUGAGUUUUUUAAGCCGAGGAUUGCUGAUUUUGGGCUGGCGAAGGUGUUGCAGGGUGGGAAGGAUGCGUCGUCGAUGACGCAUGCUGUUGCUGGGACUUAUGGUUACAUCGCUCCCGAAUAUGCAUAUACAUGGAAGGUGACCGAGAAGAGCGACGUGUACAGCUUCGGAGUAGUCCUCAUGGAGCUAGUUACCGGAAAAAGGCCAAUCGAAGCAGAGUACGGUGAUAACAAAGACAUCGUCUAUUGGAUUUCAGGGAGAAUGACAAGCCGAGAGAGUAUAAUGGGCUUAGUAGAUGCAAGUAUCAUUUCAGAGUUAGCCAGAGAAGAAGCCGUAAAAGUCCUCAAAAUCGCCGUGCUCUGCACCUCUAGACUUCCAACAAUGAGGCCGUCAAUGAGGACAGUAGUUCAAAUGCUCGAGGACUCCGGUGGUUCUCGGCUAGUCGUAGGAGUAGAUACCUUAAAAGAGAGUCAUGAGAAAGUGAUAUUAGAGAAGGUGGCAAGUUACAAAUUAACCUGAGCUUAUAGCUGAUAAUAACAGGGAUCGUAGUCUGAGCUUGAACUUAGACUCUUGAAUUGCCCGAUGUUGUACAUACUUGAGGUCCAUGCCUCAUUCGGUAUUGUAACUUUAAUUUGAACUCUAGAGGAACAGAGAGGCUUGUGCAUUAAUCUGAAUUGUUAGUGUCACAGAGCACAAAGUUAAGAUUGUUUUGGAUCUUGCUC